AUGGCGGUCUCCGAUCCUCUCGUAGCGUGGCUGCAGCCGUACGCCGACAAGUACGGCAUCCACCAUCUGCCUGUGCACGCACCGACGCUCGUCCGCUCCGCCCUUUUGUGGUUUGCCAUCCAGACGCUCUCGUCGCAGGUCUCGCCUAGGCUCUUCCCCAAGACAUUUGCCAAGUUUAACCGCAAGACACGUAUCAGCUGGGACAUCCACGUUGUGUCGUUUGUCCAUGCCGCGCUCAUCACGCCGCUGGCAGCACGCAUCUGGUGGAAGGCGAGGCAGACGAAUGCGCUCGGUCUGCAGACCCACCCCUUGGCCAUCGACAGGCUGUACGGCUACGACCACGAGGCUGCAUCCGUGUAUGCCAUCGCACAGGGCUACUUCGUGUGGGACUCGGUCGUUUCAAUCCUUCACGAAGGCCCCGGCUUCAUCGCACAUGGUCUGGUUGCGCUGAUCGCCUUCACGCUGGUCUACCACCCUAUCUUCAUGUAUGACGGCAUGGGCUUCCUGCUCUGGGAACUCUCGACGCCGUUCCUCAACAUCCACUGGUUCCUUGACAAGCUCGGCAAGACCGGCAGCAAGGCGCAGCUCAUCAACGCCGUCUUCCUGCUCUCGGCCUACGUGGGUGCACGUCUGACGUUUGGCGUGUACAACAGUUUCAGCUUCUUCAAGUUCGUCGUUGCCCCCGCUAAGCCCCACCACCCACCCAUCCCCCUGCAUCUCAAGACGUUCUACAUGGUUGGAAACGUGAUUCUGAACAGUCUCAACUUCUUCUGGUUCCGUGCCAUGGUGCGAGCGGUGCAGAAGAGGUUUACUGUCAAGCCGGAGGGAGGUAAGAGCGUGGAUGCGCAAAAGGUGAUCCGCGGUGAGCAGAAGGUCAAGGUCGGCGUGGACGGUAAGGAUGAUGAGGAAUUCUGGCGCGAGGCUGGCGCUAAGAAGGGUAGCAAGGCUCUGUAG